UUCACUUCCGGGUUAUGGCUGUCCGUCGUCUUCUCAGUUCCAAAUUCUUGGAAAAAGUAUCCAAGAAUUACUCCCAAGCAACAAUUGCUGGGUUUCCAUCAUUUGUAAAGAUUGUUGAAGUUGGACCAAGAGAUGGGCUCCAGAAUGAAAAGGCUAUAGUUCCAGCACAAACAAAGAUAGAAUUUAUAAACAAGUUAUCAGAAACAGGAUUGUCCGUUAUUGAGGUCACAAGUUUCGUGUCACCAAAAUGGAUCCCUCAGAUGGCCGACCAUACAGAAGUGAUGACGGGAAUCAAGAGACACCCUGGAGUGAUAUAUCAGGCACUUGUUCCAAAUGUUAAAGGCUUUCAUUCUGCUAUAAAUGCCAAAGUUGAUGAAAUUGCUAUAUUUGGAGCAGCAUCAGAAUCCUUUAGCAAAAAAAACAUAAACUGCAGUAUAGAAGAUAGUCUGAAGAGAUUUGAUGCAGUUCUUGAGGAAGCAAAGAAGACUAAUACACCUGUCAGAGGAUAUGUAUCAUGUGUACUUGGUUGUCCAUAUGAAGGUGAAAUUGACCCAGAAAAAGUUGCCUGGGUUUCCAAAAAGAUGUUAGACAUGGGAUGUUAUGAAAUAUCUCUAGGGGAUACCAUUGGGGUUGGUACACCUGGUAAAAUGAAAACGCUGAUUUCUACAGUAUCAAGAGAUGUACCAAUAGAGAAGUUAGCCGUACACUGCCACGAUACCUAUGGUCAGGCUCUUGCCAAUAUAUUUGCUGCUUUACAGAUGGGUAUCUCAGUGGUAGACAGUUCUGUAGCAGGUCUUGGAGGAUGUCCAUAUGCCAAAGGUGCUAGUGGAAACGUAUCCACCGAAGAUGUAGUCUAUCUAAUGAAUGGGUUAUCAAUUAAAACGGGUGUUAAUAUACAAAAGUUGAUAGAGGCUGGAAAUUUUAUAUCAUCUGCUUUAGGACGACAAACUCAUUCAAAAGUGGCGCAAGCAACAAAAUCAAGUCUAUGAAAUACUGAAUUUCUAGAUCUGUUUUCUAAUUUGUGCUCCUGGUAUAUAUGGAAAGUAAACAUCAUCAUCUGUGAAUGGCUAUCACAUAGUCGCUGCAGUCCAUUGUGAAAGUGUGGACUUUAGUGAGUCUAUUUGUGUGAGGUCUAAUGUCACAUACAGUCACUACAGUCCUUUGUUAAAAAGUGGACUUUUUUUGUGAGGACUAAAACUAAAGAGCACAAAAUAUAUGCAAGACUGGAAUGUGUCGAACCAGUAAACAAUCAAAAGGAACACAAAACUUUCAUAUUCAUAAAGAUCAGUGUAGAACCAGAUUAGAUGUCUGAUACCAGCAGGCUUGAAGCCAGGAUGUUUCUGAGGGGCCCCGGGUUAAUUGGAGUCAUGUCCCUAUGACUUUGAUAGUAAAAUGUUUUACCCUAAGCUUACAAAUCAAAAAUAAAAUAGCAAACAAAAUUAUUUAAUUUGAAAAAAUAUAAUUCAAUCUAAUUUUGACUUUCAUAUUCUUCCAUUUUAUUGGGGUUUUUUUAAGGGGGGAAUUAUCUAUUGUUGUGAGUUAUGGGUACAUGUAUUAUUUUUGUAUUAAAACAAACAGAUUUCAAGCAAAGUUCAAAGUUAUUCAUAAAUCAUUCAUAUCUCAUGAUUGAGGCAUUUCCUUUAUCACAUGUAUAUAUAUUGUUUUCAUGCCAGUUGAUAGCUUAUGGGUUAAUUUUCUAUGGUCAAAUGGGCAUAUUUUGUCAAGGUUUUUAUACAUUUCAUUUUAGGGUAAUCAUGAAUUAUGCAAGUAAAGAUAUGGUUGAUAUUUUGUUAUUAUUUUGAAUCUUUGGAUAAAUGUUACAUACAUAAACGUAAAUGUGUUCAAAAUCAUAAAAAGUUUGGUGUGCAUGGUGUGUCAGAAAUAAUAAAUGUUUAUACAUGA